AUGGUUGCAGCUAACUCUGUCCUCCUCCUUGCCGGCCUCUACGGUGCCAGCGUCCUCGCCGCACAUGGAGAGGACUAUGCAAAGACCAUGGGCCCAGUUGCAUUUCUGUGGCCCGACGACCGUAUCUGGGACGCAGAUCACGACAACAGUGCGCCCUGUGGAACAGCGUCUCCCCCGAACAACCGAACUCAGUUUCCACUGCUGAACGGCCAAAUCGCCUUGGUUGCACAAGAUGAAGCUUUCGGAAUCCAAGUUGCCGUCUCAUACAAAAACAACCCAACUUCCAACGAUGACUUCCAGACAGUGAUUGCCUCAACGAGGAUUCCAUCCCUGGAUGAGGGACAUCAAUGUUAUCCUCUUCCUAACCCGCCCGCUGAUGUCGAGGCUGGCUCCAAUGCAACCGUGCAAAUCAAAUACAUCUCGGACUUCGACACCAACCAGAACCAAACCUUCUAUGCCUGUGCAGACAUUACUUAUGUCCCAACCAGCGCUUUCACUUACCAGGUCCCCUGCUUCAACGCCACCAUUGACGACUACACCGUCUCUGACAAUGACGAUGGUGACGAUGCUUCUGCCUCCAGCACCAGCGCUGCCCCCAACGCUGCCACCGCGACUGCGACUUCAGCAUCUGGCGCAUCAGCCGCAUCUGCGAGCUCAGCUGUACCCGAGAAGGAGCACAAGUCUUCCUCGGAUCUCUCUGGAGGUGCUAUCGCAGGCAUCGUUGUCGGAGUUGUGGCUGGUGUCGCCAUUGCUGUUGCUGCUGUCUUCCUCGCCUGGCGUCGCAACCAAGUGAAGAAGCGAGCUCGUGCAUCGGUCCGAGCUGUCAACUGGGAGAAGCCAAUGGAACAAACCGCAGCCAGCGCUUAAAGUAGCGCCAUCCCAGAAACCCGGGCUUUUGACCAGCCAUGACAAGAGACUCUCUGUGAAGGAGAAGGGAG